AUGUAUCCCAGCCCGACCUUUCGCUUCGUCACCCACCAAGGUCUUCCAGUCACUUCAGGCCAAGUCAGCACAGCUCUGCGAGUCCUCGGUCCAGCCAUCGUCAGCAUACUCGCCCAGAGCUGCAGAGCUGCAGAGUGGCGGACGUCGCCGGCGGCCGAACCUCUUGCCAAGGACAAAGUCGGCACGCAUCAACAAAUCGACAUCGCCUCGCUCGUCCUAUCCUAUAAUACCCCCUCCCUCCCAUAUUCCCCUCGCCACCCGCCCACUCUAUACCCUCCAAACACUCUCCAGACCAUGGGAAACUGCUUCUCCGACCCCUCGCACACGCCAAAACCAAAGGGCAAAGGCCAAGUCCUCGGUUCUGCCCCCGCCCCCUCUUCCACUCCUCAUCAACCGCAACAACAAGGAUACUCGCAGAGCACAGCGGGGUCGCAGAGACAGGGUGGAGGGAGGAUCAAUAGCCAUCCAGCGCAGAGUUUGGGAGGAAGUGUGAAUGGGGGAGGAGGAGGGGAUGCGAGGGAUAGAGCGUUGAGGGCUGCUGAAGAGAGAGCCAAAGCUGCGCAAGGAAAGGGAGUGCACGCUUCCAACCCCAAAGCCGGGCAAUUAUCCGGCAAGCUGGCGGCACAAGGACGGACGAGUGCUGCGCAAGGGAACCAGAAUGAGCGAAUGAUGGAUGCAGGGCAGUGGAAUUGAGGGGUGGAUCUGCCAUCAGGCAUCAGGGGGAUUUCCGGGAGUGCGGAUGCCUUUGAGGUGUCUACACGAGAUGGACAGGGCAGGUGGCUGAAAGAGAUGGGAGAUAAGGACUGUAAUGAUUUGUGGCCAGUUGUACUAUACAUGGAC